CCUGGUAUCUUACUUGAAAUUUUUCUCUGGGGUGCUAGUGCACUAUGUAUAAUAAAAAUAGUAAAAUAAGAAGUGCAAAAACAUUUUUUUUCUUCUGAAAAUAGACAUGAAACAUAAAUAAAACUUCGUAGAAUUAUAUUGUAACAAUGUAUGCAUGAAACGCUUCAAAAAACACACUGAUUACGAGAGGCUUUGACCAGAUACAACCAACAUCAGAAUAGACUACAAUUUUUUUUUACAAGAUUGGGUAUUUUAUGGAUUUCGUAAUACCAGCAAAACUAGUUCAAUGCAUAAAAUACUUCACUGCUUGUAAACAAACAAUUAACUUUACAUCAGUUGUGAAGUAUAUGUUUCUAGAAAACGGUUAUACCAACUUUAACGACCUUGUCUUUCCCAUAUAAUUAUCUGUAUUUGGUUUAAAUCAAAGACGUACAACACAUCAUAAGGUAUUGAACUCCCAAAUUACAUCAACUGGUACUACCUCUACACCUGUGCACUGACCAAUAACAACAAGCUAGUUUCACUUCAGUAGUGUGUGUAGGACCGUGAGUCUGUGAUCUCUACCUUGCAUACUGGACAAGUACCUUAAUUAAGUAAUAAGUCUGAAACCGAAACAUGUACAGUGUAAAAAUUAGUUUAGUGUUGUUGCUUUUGGUGGCAUUCAUCGACUUUCACCAAUGUGGUCGCUACGGUGGCUCUUAUAAUGACGAGAUUCAGUCAACUGUAGGUCCUGAUAAUUGGGGGUCAGGGCUGCAAGCUUUAGCUUACCAGUCAAGAACCACAAGGAGAAGUCGGACUACACCUCGGAGAACAAACCCUCCAACUACUCUACGAAGGUCGUACCCUCCAACUACUCCACGUAGGACGCAUCCUCCAACUACUCCACGUAGUAGUUACCCUCCAACAACAACACGAAGAAGUAGAACAACCCAACGAUGGGUGGAGGUGACAACCAGAAGAUCUAGACCCACCACAACUACCAAACGAACCACCCCUCCACCUAGACCAACCACUACUACGCCUAGACGCAUUCAACAAACAACAAGACCUUGGAUAAGUGUUACAACAACCACUCGACGGACACAUACAACUCCAACUCCAACUCCUUGGUGGAAAACAAAAACUACCACACGAUGGACCCCACCAACAAGACCUUGGGUAAGUGUCACAACAACACGAAGACCGAAAACAACGACUAGACCACAUUACAAGAAAGAAACGUUUUGGGCUGAUUUACCACCUCCUCCUGGGUCAAAAGUGAAAUAUGGGAAAACUAAAAUUAAAAUCGUCAACAAAUAUAACUACCACUAUCCCGGAUAUUACUCCAUUCCAGUCCAACACCCACAACAUCAUGGGUACUACCAAACUUACUCAACUUACCACUAUAGUACUUCUGAUACCGGAAGUGGUAUUCUUGGAUUUUACUUAGGGUAUAAAUUGGGCAAAUUAUCAACGCCCACAUACUCCCAUGAGUCAUUUUAUGAUGGGUACCGCCCUCGGUACGACCAUUACACAAUCCAUCAUUACUACCACAAUGCUGAUGUAAUCCCCAAGAGACAAGAAAUUGUUUCAAAUACAAUUAUUAGGUGUGUUGGUGAUAGUACCAGUGUAUGUCCAACAAACACAACGUCGCUUUGUACCAGCGAUGGUAGAUUAAUGUGUGUGGUGGCAGCUACAGCUUUGGUCACUUGUAAAGAUGCAAACAACCAAUUGGUUAAUUGUACAAGUAGUACCAUGUCUUGUGUCAACAAUACAGCACCAGAAUGUGCUGGUAUUAACAAGACUAGCGUCGUGGUAAACAUACCAUGUUUGUCGACUGCGGAUAUCUAUGGCGAUAUCAAGUUUGUUAACAAUACUAUUGUCAAACAUGAGGUACCACCAAAUAUUACCUCGGGAGAGGUAAAAUAUGUUAGCAAAAUGAGUGUCAAUGCUGACGAAAUAAAUCUUGUUAACAAUAAUGAGAGUCUGAGUACAGGUAAUAGUACCACAGGAAACCUACACUUCAAUGGUACUGAGGGAAUUUCAGGAGGGAUGAAAUAUGUUAACAAUAAUGAGACUCUGGCUAAACUUAAUGGUACCACCGGAAACUUCAAAGACACUGAGGGAAUUUCAGGAGAAAUGAAGUAUGUGAACAACAAUGAGACUCUAGUUAACAGUACUACAACUCCAUUCACAAGUCCAACUACCACACCUUCGGAGUAUUGGAAAUGGAAGCGUUCAGUACCUCAAGCAUCUCAACAGUUUUGUGUCACAAUUGUGGCAUCACCUGCGAAAAGAAAGCCAACACAAGGGGAAGAAUUUUUGGAAGAAGCCAACAGUAUACUGAAAAAAUUCAUUGAAACUGCCUGGGAUCUCUAAAUAGUGUAAAACUUUCUUUAAUAAAAAUUACCCUGGAUUAAGACCAGCUGCUUUACGCUA